AGAUAAAGACCAACCAGCAAAAGCUAUAAUCCUUAAGAUAAAUUACUGUCUCCAGCUAAAGGAAAACCAAGAUCCAUGAGUGGGCAUCGCUCAACAAGGAAACGAUGUGGGGAUUCUCACACAGAGUCCCCCGUGGGCUUUGGGCAUAUGAGUACUACAGGAUGUGUAUUAAAUAAAUUGUUUCAGUUACCUACACCUCCGUUGUCAAGACACCAACUAAAGCGGCUAGAAGAACACAGAUAUCAGAGUGCCGGACGAUCCCUACUUGAACCCUUAAUGCAAGGAUAUUGGGAAUGGCUAGUUGGUAGAGUUCCCUCCUGGAUUGCCCCAAAUCUCAUCACCAUCAUCGGACUGUCAAUAAAUAUCUGUACAACAGUUUUAUUAGUCUUCUACUGCCCUACAGCUACAGAACAGGCACCUUUGUGGGCAUAUAUUGCUUGUGCAUGUGGCCUUUUCAUUUACCAGUCUUUGGACGCUAUAGAUGGGAAACAAGCCAGAAGAACCAAUAGUAGCUCUCCUUUGGGAGAACUUUUUGAUCAUGGUUGUGAUUCACUAUCAACAGUUUUUGUGGUUCUUGGAACUUGCAUUGCGGUACAACUGGGCACAAACCCUGAUUGGAUGUUUUUUUGCUGUUUUGCUGGGACAUUCAUGUUCUAUUGUGCACACUGGCAAACAUAUGUCUCUGGAACUUUGCGAUUUGGAAUAAUUGAUGUGACUGAAGUGCAAAUCUUCAUAAUAAUCAUGCAUUUGCUGGCAGUGAUUGGAGGACCACCUUUUUGGCAAUCUAUGAUUCCAGUGCUGAAUAUUCAAAUGAAAAUUUUUCCUGCACUUUGUACUGUAGCAGGGACCAUAUUUUCCUGUACAAAUUACUUCCGUGUAAUCUUCACAGGUGGUGUUGGCAAAAAUGGAUCAACAAUAGCAGGAACAAGUGUCCUUUCUCCUUUUCUCCAUAUUGGAUCAGUGAUCACAUUAGCGGCAAUGAUCUAUAAGAAAUCAGCAGUUCAGCUUUUUGAAAAGCAUCCCUGUCUUUAUAUACUGACAUUUGGUUUUGUAUCUGCUAAAAUCACUAAUAAGCUUGUGGUUGCACAUAUGACAAAAAGUGAAAUGCAUUUGCAUGACACAGCAUUCAUAGGUCCAGCACUUUUGUUUCUGGACCAGUAUUUUAACAGCUUUAUUGAUGAAUAUAUUGUACUUUGGAUUGCUUUGGUCUUCUCAUUCUUUGAUUUGAUCAGAUACUGUGUCAGUGUCUGUAAUCAAAUUGCAUCUCAUCUUCACAUACAUGUUUUCAGAAUCAAGGUGUCUACAACUCAUUCUAAUCAUCAUUAAUGAUGUCAUUGGUGUUAUAUAGGAAAGUCGUUUUCUGAAGAAAUGAAUCUGAACAUAUUAAGGAAAAUGAGAUGGAUAAGAACAAAUAUAAUUUAUAAUAAUCAAUGUUGUAUAACUUUUAUCCUUUGUUACUGGUAACACUCCUUAACUAUCCUUUGUGAGAAUGGGAAUGUCAGUUCCCAUCCUGUAAAUUGUACAUGUGGUCUUACAGGGUUUGGCCCAAGAAAGCAUGCAGGAGGAAAAGUGCCAUGUGUUUGUAAUCAUCCUGAAUUCAGAAUAAAUUGUCAUAGGGAACAGAUCACCCCAGUGCCGAAGAUUUCUAAUGUAGAAUGUUUGCCGGCCAAAAGCAGAUUGCUUUAUAAUUUUAACAAGUCACCAUCUUUUAUUGACAUCUUUGUUUAAUGUCUUCUCAAGCUUUCUUUUACUAAAAGGCUCAUCUUGUGGCACAGAUAUAUCCCACUAGCUUGUGAGGUGAAACUAGUGAUAAAACAUUGAAUUUGGAAUGGAAGGUUUCCUAUCUUUUCAUGGUUUGAAGAAGUCAUUUUUUUUUUAAUUGCUGUAGAAGUAAUUCUCUCUCAUGGGAUUGGGAAAUUCUGUUAGCAUGCAAAUAAUGUAACUUUGUUGAUCCAUUUUAUUUUUUUAAAUAAAUAUAUUAUCUGAAAGCCAGCUUUUCCCCCUCAGUUUUAUUCAGUUGAAAGAUACUAAAUUUUAAUGUCUUUUCAUGCAGAGUUUAUUUCUGUUCUGUAACAAAUAAGGAAAUUUGAUCAGCUG